AUGGGCAGUCCUACCAGAGCUGUUGAUGGGAGUACACGAAUGGGUAGCGUAUUUGAUGAGUUCUUCAAGUGUGUUAGGUUCGCGUAUGGAAACAACGACAGAAUAACAGAGCUUGCAAAACUACUGAAAGAGCAUAAAGAGAGGUUAAUAGAAAGCAUGCCCCAAGUGGAAACUAGAUCAAGGAAGAAUGGUAUCAUUCGUAGCUUCAACAUCAUCCUCGAACAUCGUGAUUCACCCUCCGCCACCGCAAAGAACAAAGGAUCAGGAAAGCGAUUGAAAUCAUUAAAGGAGAUUGCAUCAGAACAAGCUGCAAAGGAUGCAAGGAAGUGUUGGACUUGCAACAAAUAUAGAUACCAUGAUAGCCGCAACUGCGAGCUCCGCCCGAAGACCAAGAAACAGAGUGCAACCAGACGUGGCAAACCGAAUGAGCCCAUGCGCUGA